AUGCAGCUCAAAUCUUAUUCCUCUUAUUCAAGUUAUAUUUAUUGCAGUACUACAUUCUCCCCUCAAGUGGACUAAAAUUCAAAUCCAAGGUGGAGGUAUUUCGCCAUAUUGACAAUACUAGUAACAAAGACAAUGCUAGUAACAAAGUCAGCAUACAGAAAAUCUCUCCUAAUGUUGUAGUUGAGAAAGCUAUUGCAGAAGGGUUACCACCAGGAUGGGUAAAAAAGACCAGAAUUGCAACAAAAGGAGAUAAAGUUAGAAGAGACACGUACUACAUCGACCCUGUAAGUGGGUAUACAUUCCACUCAAUUGAAGAUGCUUAUCACUAUCUUGAAGAGAUGGGAAGGAACACACUCAAGCCAAAAGAUGAAGACAACAAUGAUACAAAUUUAAAAGAUGACAAAUCUCCAUCAGCAUGUGUGAUCAUGAAACCAACAUUAUCAGUUAGCAUGGCUCAUAGCUCAACUUUGGACAAGGUAGCAAAUUACCAACAGAUUCCAAGAUCUGCUAGUUCUGGAGAACAUAUGCAUAUGUCUGACUCUAACUGUAUUUCCAAUCAUGGUUGCACUAACAAAGAUACCCAAGAGAAGAAACUUCAAGAAAACACAGAGACAAAGCAAGGAACUGAAAAAGUGCAGGCCCAACAUCAUAAGUGCAGAAACAAACACAAGAAACAGAUCAAUUUGCCUCGCCGUUCCUCAAAGCGUCUUGCUGGAAUUAAGCUUGAUCCUGUUCCAGAACUUAAAACAAGAAAUCGAGCACGUGGAGCACGUCAAGCAGCGGUUAAACAAUCAAGUGAGGAAGAAACCAUCACAUAUGUAGAUAAAUCUCCCAGCAGCUUGCAUGAUGAUCUAGCUAAACAGCAACUAAGUGGCAAGGAUAAAGAAUGCUUCACUUUUUCACCUUUGGAGAACAAUGCUACUGUUGAAGAGUGUAUGAGAGUCACUGAAAAUGGAGAUAAAGUUGAUACAAAGUUAGAUUACAACCUUGGCUUUCCCCUCAAAGAACUGCUGACAGACCCUUGUAUUGCAUUUGCAAUUCAAACUCUCACCGGCUUAACAUUUGAGACCUCCAAAAACUCACAAACUUCUUGUGAAUUAAAAGACACCAACAGUUGAAAACUCUGCACAGUCUCAGGGGUGAAGGACAAGUUAAAGAAAUGCAAUGAUGGGGGAGGUGACAGUGUGUUCUCAUCUCCAGGGAGCCUUGCUACUUCUCAAGAACAUGCUGGUGAUGCUGCCAAAAUCGAUAUGAAAGCCAAGAAUGAAAAUACAUCACCAUCUUCUGAAAAAACACUUGACAUGUCAUGGAUGGAUCCAUGUAUUGAAUUUGCUAUAAAAACUCUCACUGACUCCAUCCCAUUAGACUCUGAUCAAAACCCCAAGAACUGCAACCAACACACUGAGAGGACAAUGUCAAAUGUCAGUUUAAAUAAUCCUUACCAAACUGACUAAUAUUGCAGCCAAUACUUGGCUCACAAAAGCCAUGUUACACAGUCUUUUGAUGGAUCCAUCAUGAAGCACACCAGGAAAUAUUGGUAUUGGGAAAUUUAACUGGAGCAAGGACUCUCUCAAUGUGGUGAAGGUUACUGAAGGAAUGUUGUUUAGAUCAACACCAGCUUAGCUACAGUUAAGAAAAACUAUUAGAAGGCUUCCUCUCUAUGAAGCUUUUUAACUUAUCCCUUUUGUGGUAUUUUGGUUUUGUUGGACCACUGUAAGCUAUGCUCAUAGUAUUGUGUAAGCACUGCUAUGGUUAGUUGUCAGGCACUAUAUCAUGUUAGUGUUUGAUGUAGAACUAUGUCUCUAUGACAUCUAUGUAUGUUAAGUC